AAUAUCAUAAUAAAUCUUAUAUUACUCAUUUUUAUCGUUAUUAACUGAAAUCGUUUGGCUCAAUGUUUGUACAUUGUUAAACCUAAUUUUUUUUAACAGAGGCUAAAAUGAAAAAUAAAAUAUUCGUAAAAAGAGUCCUUGUUUUCGUCUAAAUCUCCCCCUAUUAACUAUGAAAACAAACGAAUCGAAAUGUACCGCAGCCCGUCGUCCCUCGUCUGUUGACGUCAUCCUGCGUCAUAAACCUGCGACUGUGUCAGUCAGUUAACGGGCGAAGGGCAUUAGUGGUACAUAAAUCGUGAAAGUAUCCACGGUUCAUUCGUCACACCAGAGCCUGUUUGUUUUCACCUGAAACAUUGAACCACCAGCUUCUCAGGACCACCCGGCCUUCACAGUAACACCACUUUCUAACAGCCAGGAUCAUCCCGAGAGGGGAGAGACAUUCGUUGAAGAGAUUUCAUCGGACAGAGCCUCCACUUCUUCUGUGUUUAGUGCCUCUAACAGUCUCGAUCAUCUUCUAUGGAUUUGGCAGAUUCCUGAGCAGGAAGGAUGACAUCAGAGGCUGUUGUCUCCACAUCUCCUGCUAUAAGCAGUGGCACCCCUGCCAAGUGGGACUACCACAUUCUUCGGUCCUUGGUAGCUGGAGGUGUGGCAGGAUGCUGUGCCAAGUGUACCAUAGCUCCUAUGGACAGGAUCAAGAUUCUCCUUCAAGCCCAGAACCCCCAUUACAGACACCUUGGAGUGUUUGCAAUUGUGAAAGCCUUGCCAAAGAAAGAAGGCUACUUAGGCUUCUACAAGGGUAAUGGGGCAAUGAUGGUCCGCAUAUUUCCCUAUGGAGCCAUCCAGUUUGUGGCCUUUGAAACAUAUAAAGAGCUGCUAGGUAAACUGGUCGGGAUCUCUGAACACAUACACUCCCUCAUUGCAGGAGCUAUGGCAGGGAUGACUGCGGUAAUAUCCACCUACCCUUUGGACGUUAUCAGAGCUAGACUGGCCUUCCAGGUGACAGGAGAGCAUCGAUACACUGGAAUUGCAAAUGCCUUCCAUACCAUCUACUUUAAGGAAGGGGGCAUCUUGGGCUUCUACAAGGGACUCACUCCAACACUUAUUGGAAUGGCUCCUUAUGCAGGUUGCUCGUUUUACACCUUCAGCACGCUGAAGAGCAUGGGGUUGAAACAUUUCCCAGAGAUGCUGGGACAGCCCUCCUCAGACAACCCUGAUGUCCUCAUUCUGAAAACGCACGUUAACAUUCUGUGUGGGGGGAUUGCCGGUGCCAUCGGUCAGACAAUAUCGUACCCUUUGGAUGUGGCUAGGAGAAGAAUGCAGCUAGGAACCGGGCUUCCUGACUCCGAGAAAUGUUCAUCUCUGAGAAAAACGCUGACGUAUGUGUACAAAGAGUUUGGCAUCAAGAAGGGAUUGUACCGAGGCCUUUCUCUCAACUACAUCCGCUGCAUCCCAUCCCAGGCAGUGGCCUUCACCACCUAUGAGUACAUGAAGCAGGUCCUCCACCUGAACUAGUCACUGGUUCUAUCCAUCAUGAGUCUGCACUCGGGCCUGUACACUUUGGGACCUUAAACAGAUCAACCUUGAUGCUUGCAACAGAAAGUGAUCUGAAGCUAACUCGAUACGUCUUAAAUCGCCUUUUCCUCGAGUCCACUAAAGGCACCAGGAGAGUCAGCUCACACUGAAAAAGGAAACAGGAUAUCAGACAGUAAGCCACUCAUCAUCUGUCCCAUUCAGUUCCUUUUUACUUCCUGGUUUUGUACAGUCGCCCACUUCUUAAGAGAAGAUUUACUCAAACAUACGACAUGUGGUUUGAAUUUCUCUCCCUCAUCAGUGUCUCCAUGGAUACAGAUGGUCAGCGGCUCGGGGCGAUGGUGUGCUUUUUAGCGAUGUUGUUGGCAACACCAAAACAACACUCUGAUUGUUUAGAAGCCCCUCAUUCACACAGAUGUCUUCUGACUUGAUUUUAAGAUGUACAUCAGCCUAAAAUGAUCCCGUUUUCAGUUUCUCUCUAGUUGUUCUCCUUUUUACCGACAUGAUAAUGAAAUUGUUGCCUGAAAAUGUGGCUUGAGUUUGAGAAUAUUCUCAUGAUUUACAGUGUGUGCUUUUUCAAAGUUGUGCAUGUUUUAGAUGUAUAGGGCAGCUUUGAGGUGCAUUAACUCAAGGAUAGGUUGUUGUUUCCUCAAAUCUAAAAUCAAUAUAAUCAAUGCAGUGACAAAGCUGGCACUUUAUUUCAGUUCACGAUAACUUAACAUUGUAUUGCCAAACCUGGAAUAGAGCAGGUAAUGUCUGUACUCUUAUCUUUGCUUUGUUUUUAUGUUGGUUAAUAUGCACUCAGAUUUUUAAUUUUGGAGCUCUGAUGAUAUUUAAUUAUUCUGUUUCCUCAGCUGCAAUCAGAAAGAUAUUCUGAAUUCAAGAGGUCAGCAUUUGACAUGAAAUGGAUGUAAGAGGGACGUGAUGGGACUCAGGAGAAAUGUGCACCUCAUUACUGUAGCUUUUCUUCAUUUAUUUAUUGGUUCAGAUACACACAGCCACUGGGUGGCAGUAUUCAUUAUGAAUGUUAUUGUUUACCAUCACAGCUGGACACAAUAUUCUAUAAAUUCACAAAAGACAAGUCAGGGUAGAUUUUUUCUCUAGUUGUCAGAUAAUAAGUUAAAUAUGUGCACUGUUUUCAACCAAAAUGUUGCAUGAGCCAUUGUCUCUGCAUUUAAGAAAGACAUUUAUCAAUGAUGAACUGGACCAUAACGCUCAACCUUAAAGUCACCACAGAUGUUUACAUGCGUCUUUUCAGUCAAACUCCCCUUUUCAGCCAAACUCCCCUUUUCAGCCAAACUCCCCUUUUCAGCCUCUUUUCUUUGUCUGCAUUUAAUAUCUUUCUUCACCAGAUUGAUUCAUGUGUUUCCUAAGAGUUUUAAACCAAGUAUAUGAAUGGGGGGAAAUUGCAGAGAGCCAACAGUGUGCAACCUUUAUUGCGUGGUAAAAUGAAAUGUCACAGUUUGCAUGUGUCCCCUAUACACUUUUCAGUUCAUUUAAAUUGAAUAACUGCCAGAGGGGCUGCAAACUAGCAAAUAUAUAUUUUUAGAAAUGCAAAAAAAAAGAUUUGUGAAAAAUAUUUUGUAUCAUUUCACAGCACAGCCUCUAAUUACAAGUUGAUUAACAUUCAACCCCCACACCCAUCCUCCAACAUACUGUGUCGUCUGUCGAUUGUAGUAAAUAAAAAGAGUAGGAGAGCAACCUGAUUUGGCUUUAGAGUACAUUCACACAAAUGAGAAGUUCCAGCCACUAUUUCUAGAACAAAAUGUAGUAGUCCGUAACACUUCUGCUUAUUGUGAUGCCACUCAUCUUCAGUGCGGUUGUGCUUUCAUGUAUUUCUCCUUUGGUUUCCUAUUUGGUGUCGAAUACAUGAUCCUACUCUGUUAUUGCAGUUUUUUAAGUAUCCCAUCAACAAUUUCAGCAACACAUGAUUAAGGCAAGACAUUUGGAUACAUAAAUGUAUGUAAAACUACACUGUACAACUUUAUUAAGCUAUAUGUGAUGUGACUGAAAGAUUAAGCCUAGUUUUCAGAAGGAUUGAACAAAUGAAAAUGCCAUUUUUAUGUUUGUCAGUUUUAUUUUCUCUAUUUGUACAUGUUCAGUUUUGCCUUUUAAGCAGUGUCUGAAUUACAUUACAUGCCAUCUUGAAACAGUA